GGUAAAACGCUUUCGUUGUCUUAUUUCUCUUUCACUCGAGAAUGGCAGCUGAUGCCUGCGGUUCCCACCGUGCGGCAGGCAAUAGCUCGAGCACCAAACCACAUAAAGAGCACCUGCGGAAAAGUAAGGAUUCGCGCCGGAGACAGGCAGCUCUCCUCUUUCUCAACAAUAUCUCCCUUGACGGACGGCCGACGUAUAACCUGAGCAAUGGCAACGCCGUCCAAAGAGGGACCACAUUUAACGGUCUGGACGCUGGGGCGCCGGUGGUCGGACAGCCACUGUUGUCGACGAGCAGUUACGGAACCUUCCCCGGUCUGUCAACGUCCGCGUCUGGGGGCGUCGUUACUCCUGCGCCGAGGACCGGGGUCGGCAGUGGUCCUCCUGUCCUAGUCCUCCCCACUGGUUCUGGCUUUACUGCUAGCGGGGUCAGCGAGCGGUUCCUGGAGGGGGUAAAGGCUGACCCGCUGGCGUCCCAAGCUAGUCUACUCUCCCCGGCUGCAGCGCCCCAGCUUGUCCCGCUGCUAUCAACCUGUAAAUCCCCGACCCUGCUCUCGGUACAGAGCUUUAAUUCUGUGAAUCUGGAGUCCCGACAAAGGUUGCGCAAUCAGUCCGGCUCUUCUGUGCCAAAAGGGGGUCAUAAGGUCCAUUUCAUCAAAAACAUGAGGCAAUACGACACGCGGGGCAGCAGGAUUGUGCUGAUCUGUGCCAAGAGGUCCCUGUGUGCUGCUUUCUCUAUCCUGCCCUAUGGGGAGAGCUUUUACCUCAGUGACCCUAAACUGGAUACCCAGAAGCAGAGACACUCUUCUGGGGGUGCCACAGCCACCCUGGACAUGAUCCCUGCCUUGGAGGGGGUGGAGCUGGGAGCGUAUGGCAAGACGGUCUCAUAUGCUGGGUUCCUAUUCCCCACCAAUGCCCUGGUGAAGCAGAAGAGCGUUCCGGUGGAAAUGAGCAUGGGAGCGACCCCUCUAACCCGCAGCAACAUCCAGAGGAACUACACUGCCUCCCGUCUCAACAGCACCGCGGGACCUGAUGCAGGUGUGGAGGACCUGACGGACUACGACCCAAACUUGCUGAGUGACCCUCAGUGGCCCUGUGGGAAACACAAGCGAGUGCUGAUCUUCGCCUCCUACAUGACCACUGUGAUCGAGUACGUCAAGCCGUCUGAUCUGAAGAAAGACAUGAACGAGACCUUCAGGGAGAAGUUUCCCCACAUCAAGCUGACUCUGAGCAAAAUCAGGAGUCUGAAGCGGGAGAUGCGGGCGGCGAGCGAGGACUGUGGUCUGCAGCCGGUCACCGUGGCGAUGGCCUACGUGUACUUUGAGAAGCUGGUGCUACAGGGACGGCUCAACAAGCAGAACCGCAAGCUGGUCGCGGCGGCCUGUGUAGUGCUGGCUGCCAAGAUCAGCAGCGACCUCCGCAAGCAGGAGGUGAAACAGCUCAUUGAUAAACUGGAGGAGCGUUUCAGGAUCAGCCGGCGGGAGCUGCUCCCACUUGAGUUCACUGUGCUGGUUGCCCUGGAGAUGGCGCUCUACCUGCCGGAGAGCAAGGUCAUGCCACACUACCGCCGUCUGGCACAACAGCCCUGAACCACGCCCAUCAGAACUCCCCUGAAACCCUGGAACAUGCUUGCAUACACAACCACUCGAGCGAAAUGAUGAUGAUAUUAUCAUUUCUAAGAUGCUUUGUGAUGGCAAAGCAGGUUACCAGGACUACCCUAAGGGGUGGAGCCAUCUUGCAUCAGCAGUUUGCUCUACUUUUGGUUAUUUGAUUCAAUGAUUGACAACGCUUGGAUCCACCCCAUCGUGGGAGUUGGUGAAGCCUGCAGUGCACAGAGGAGAGCUGAAGAGCUUUCAGGAAGCAGUUUAUCAGCACCACGCCAGCAUAGUGCCCCAGUGUGAUCCAGUGCGCCCCAUCCUUUGGCCUGUCCGUCUUCCAGACUCCACCUACUCACAAUCACAUCUCACAUGGGUGCGCUCCUCUCACAAACUUCCGGCAAGGCACCGAAGCACAUCUGCUCUUCUUCUGUGGUGGAGCCUUCUGUUCUUCCACAUUAUUCAUUUUGUAUUUGUUCUUCAUUGUGAUCUACAGGUGCAACUGUGUGUUUUGAAGAUGUUUCAGAAGAACAGUCAGACUCGGGCAUCUAAGCCCUAUGUUCCACCCACAUGCUUUCCUCCUUCAACAAAAAGGUUAAUAUUUCCUUUGUGUUUUUAGGUAAGGUGACCUUGGAUCAGUUUCUGAUCCCUGGUUGGUUGAAAGAUGAGGUGUCCUUCAUUUCCCUUUUCUUCCUCUUGUGAAAGAUGCAGUGGCACAGGAGGCAGUUUCUCUGCUUUUAGAGUUUGUGAAUGUUGUUUGAACCUUUUUUCUUAUUUAUCUUUUAUUCUUGGAUAGAGAAGAGAUCUGAAAUCCAAAGACAUAUCCACACAUAUAGCCCCUUUCACUAUUUGUGGUAUUUAUUUUAAAACUAGCAUUCUAUUUGUGACUGAGUGAGUUGUUUCACUGUGGUUUUUAUACCUGACUAAUAGCAAGAUUAUUUCAGCAUAUGUUUUAGUGUAUUUUUGAUCAGGUGAGUAGAAGCACUGGUGUCAUGAGAAAUAUGAAAGAUUCUUGGUCUAAGUUAGAAGAGCAGUGUGUGGUUGGAUUUUAUUUUAUAUGCAUAGAUUGCUCUUCGAGAUGUUGACCGGGUCUUUAUGGGUGUUAUUGUUAUGUAGUGUAAAAAAGAAAUUAAAAAAGCAUUCCGGUGCUUGCUCAGGCCUGCUCUCUAUGUUAGAGAUGAAAUUAAUAGGCACGUUUCUGGUGCUGCCAUGUCAAAUUUUCUGUCCAUCUCCUAGUGGUCCAGUUUCACCUGAAGAGCAGUGUGUGACAGUGUAGCCGUCUCUACACUUUCUGUAGAAUUUCAGUUAGCGUGGGACAUGGUGUUGUGCGAGUGGUCAUUUUGAAGUGGUGAAAUGUUGUGAUGUUUUGUUAUUCAGGAAUGCUAGCGGAACAUCGACACACACAUGACUGGGUACAGCUUUGCAUUCGGUCCGAUGGGGACGCACGGAGCGCUGUUUUGUAGAUCAGGAUGUCCAUGCUGAUUGGUCAGUCCUAGAGAUAAGGCAUCAUAUGACUGUAGCGCACUGUGUAAUCACAGCGUUGAGGGCUGUGGAUGCCAGUAUAAACAUCUCUGUGUUCCUGAGCCUCUGUCAUGUGCUGUGCUUUCUGUGUGUGUGACUAAACAGCUCCAGGGCUCCACACCUUCUGGUGUCAUGUGUGAUCUUGUUGAACAUUUCUCCUUUGACUCACUCACAAAGAGAUUUUUGGUCAUGUGUUUUCUUGUUGACAUUGUGUUAUAAAUCUAGAAUAAGAGAUGGUGUGUUUUGCACUUGCAUAUCUGUGCUGUCUUGGAUUGGUAUUCCUGGCCAGUGUACACUGUAUGUGGUGUGGCCAAAAAGUUGUCACUGUUUGUAAAGUACAAAGGGAAAAGCAUCAUCUGGCCAUUCGUUUUGUACUGAACAGACGGUGUCGUCUGUAGUUGUGCUAAAAUGCAAAAUGAUGUGGCACGUCUUAAAUGGUGAGACCAGCAAUAGCAAUCCUAUUCAUACAGAGAAAACUAUGUGAAAUGUCCUUAUUUUAAUGCCAACUGUCAUCUUUUAAAUUUUUUUGUUCUCAGGAAAUAUUUAUCCUACACAUUAAAUUGAAAACUGUAGUUAUGAGGGGUUUAAUCUGUUUUUUUCCCCCAGUGCAGUGCUUCUCUUUGGGAAGCUGCAUGUUCCUGUCUGUGGUGCAGUCUUUAUGUUGUCUAGCGUGUUCUGCACAGGCCUCCAUGGGAUCGGCAGGAUCUGCUGUAGCCUACCACUGGGGUUCCCAGACUGUCGGCUCAGACCCACUGGUGGGUCAUGACUAGUGAGAGGGGUUGAAGUCACAAGUUAUUGUACUCAUUCCAAGGACAUUGACACUAGUCAAAUAAGGCACUUGCACCUGUCACAUGCAUUUUCCCUGCAGUUGUCUUGACAUGCUAAGAAAGUGUUUUCCCAUAUUUCAACUUUUGUUUGCAUUUCAAUUAGGGGCGGUGCCACUGAUAAUGUUUGCUCAUGAAACCCGGUUCAGAAAGUUUGGGAACCCCUGUCCUACAGUAACUCACUGGAGCUGUCCUGCAGCAUCUCCAAACUGUUCUUUCCCCACCCACGUGUCCUGGUGUGAGUGUUGGAAUGCUGUUGUUAUGAUAUCUAGUCUGUGGAACACUCCCCCACCCUCCGGCCUGUGCACCUGGAAGUCUCCAGGACAACCGCAGCCACACACAAAUCAAUCUCUGGCCGGGGCACAAAACAUGCUGGGAAAGACUGUCGGUGAUCCCUCGAUUUCUGAGAACUAUUAUACGUUAUAUUAUGCACAAAUGUGGCUUGGGGAGUCAAAUAACUUAAUCCCCCUCCUGAUUUCAUGGGAAGCCAGAAUAAAAAAAUGGCAACGUUGCACUCAAAACGGGUAUGAUAUGCAGUGAUUGACAAAAUAGGUAAACAUACAGAGGAAGGGAAAAAGCACAGUUGUUGUGGCUCUUGGCCUGAUUUCAGUGUGCUUCAUUGUGCCCUGACCACAUAAUUUGAGUUAUCUUGCACAAAAUGACAGACAUGCACAGAUGGGAAACUCUUUGCAUGGAGCUACUGAUCCCGUUCAGGUCUGAUGGCCAUUUUCUCACCCACCUUUCUCCUCGCAGGGGUCCAGGCCCAGGAACUGGCACUGGCGCAGUAGCCAUCUUGCUUUUGUGUCCACUGUGAUUUUCUUUCAAUUUUCUUUCUUUCAGAGCAUUUGCUACAGUAUGUCCGUUCUGUGGUGGAGCAGGGAAAGCACGGCUCCAUAGACUCACCAGAUGCUCCGCUUUUAUGUUCCUUCCAUCCACUCUUCUUAACCACAGAAUUUUCUGGUGCUAUAUUACAGUACAGAACUACCUUUGCAGUAUUGUACUCAGUUAUGCACUUUCACAUUAAGAGCCUCAAAACUUGAAUGUUUUGGCUUCAUUUUGGUGGGGGGAGGAGAGACACAACUUUUUGUGUUAGCGACCUGUGGUGUAUUUGGUGGGUGUAUGGAUUCUGUGGGGAAAGGUAGCACUGGGCCCCCACCAUCAACGUCCCUUCCCCUCAUUGCACAGCAGCAAUAUACUAGCAGUAGAAUAGCACAGAAUGUGAAGUAGGACAGCAAUAAUUCUGCAGUGGCACUUGGUAGAAAUGUCAAAAAAGAUUUUAAGACCCAGUGUGAUAUGGGGAAAAAACCGGUACUGAUUCUUGUCUAUGUUUUUGUGAUUGGAAACCAGGUUUCUCCUAUUUAUUUGAUUCUUCUCUUUCGUCUUUGCUUGUGUUUUUACAUGAAUUGUUUUAUUUCGUCAUGUUUCUGUUAGGCCCAAUGAUGAUGCAAUAUGUGAUUUUGUAGAAUCUAGUCUAUCUUUGACAGUUGUCACAUUCGUUAAUGUACUGAUGUGGAAGAAAAUCUAUAAUGGUUUGUUUUUUUCUGAAAUGACAGGACAAAUGAUCAACUCAAAUAUAUUUUCUGGCUGUCGACUA